AUGACCCUCACGAGAUACAUGGAUAAGUGUAAUGCACAAACUGGACAGCAUGAUGAACGAAAUGAAGCUUUUGGCUAUGAAAAAUGUCGACUGACAAACAUGAUUUUUUCUGCAGUGAUGGAAGAUGACUUGGCGACACAUAUCAAGACUUUAGCGGAACAAUUUCACGGACUUAGUAGGAAUAAAUGUCGCUCACUGAUUUUUGAAUAUGCUAUGAGAAACAAUGUGACGGUGCCUAAUUCGUGGAAAGAAAAUGGAAUGACUGGUGAACACUUUUGGAUAUCAUUUAAAGAAAGAAAUCAUCUUGCAAUCCGAACACCAGAGGCAACAUCUCUCGCCAGGGCAAGUGCCUUCAAUCGUUAUAACGUUGGCAAAUUUUAUGAUAACCUCGGACAAGUUAUGGACCUGCACAAAUUUGAAUGUCAUGAUAUCUACAACUGCGACGAGACGGGGUGUACUACAGUUUCGCCGCCUGAAAACAUUGUGGCUAAACAAGGAGUUAAACAAGUGGGGUCAAUCACCUCUGCAGAAAAGGGGCAACUUGUCACCGCCGUGUACACCAUUAACGCGGCAGGUAGCGUCGUUCCACCAAUGCUUAUUUUCCCACGGAAAAAACGUCCGAGAUUAUUUCACCAAAAAUGGUCCCCCCGGGUGUAUUGGAGGUGCAAAUCCAAGUGGAUGGAUCAAUGA